AUGGCAGGAAUCCCAAGACCAGAAUCUCAAAUCAAGAAGGCUAAGAGAGUCGAAAGAGACCAAAAGGCAGUUGUUGCAGCAAGAAAGGCUAGAAAGUUUGUCAACAAGGAAAAGAGAAAUGCUCUUUUCAAGAGAACCGAAGCUUACACUGCAGAAUACGCAGCAGCAGAAAGAGCUGUCAUUGAUGCAAAGAGAACUGCAAGAGCAGAAGGUUCAUACUUUGUUCCAGCUGAAUCAAAGGUUGUUUUCGUUGUUAGAAUCAAGGGUAUUAUGAAGAUUCCACCAAAGUCUAGAAAGGUUUUCCAAUUAUUGAGAUUAACCCAAAUUAACUCUGGUGUUUUCGUCAAGGUUACCAAGGCAACCACCGAAUUAUUGAAGUUGGUUGAACAAUACACUGCUAUUGGUUACCCAUCCAUCUCUACUGUUAGACAAUUAGUUUACAAGAGAGGUUACGGUAAGGUUAACAAGCAAAGAAUCCCAUUGACUGAUAACGCUAUUGUCGAAUCUGUCUUAGGUAAGUACGGUAUUGAAUCUGUUGAAGACUUGAUUCACGAAAUCGUUACCGUUGGUCCAAACUUCAAGCAAGCUAACAACUUCUUGUGGCCAUUCAAGUUAUCUAACCCAUCUGGUGGUUGGGGUGUCAGAAGAAAGUUCCAACACUUCAUCCAAGGUGGUUCUACUGGUAACAGAGAAGAAUACAUUAACCAAUUAGUCAAGAAGAUGAUCUAA